UAUCAUUACGCAACGGACAGAUGAGGCGUAAUAAGCGUAACAAGUGAAAGAAAGUAACUAAAAUUAGUACCUCCGGCUCAAUAACCACACGGAUGUAUUUCAAUGAUACACUGCACAUUAUGGGUAAUGUAGUUUCUACCGGUACAAAUGCAGUCAUACCCGGAACUACACUUCCUAGUUACGGAAGUAAUAGAGAAACAGUUGUGUUCGUUUGGACAACGAGUUACUUUCUUUGGGACAUGUUGGGGCAAGUACCGUCACCCAAAUGAAGGCAAACAUCUUCGUUGUAAUGUUGCUGUUAAAACACUGAAACAACUGUACGUAGGCCGUUGUUUAGCGAAUAAGUCAUUGCCUUCUACGAGCUUGUUGUGUGAAAGUGGUCACAAUGUACAUUCUUAAACGCGUGGUGUGCGCUGGAGGCACCAUUGUCCAUCAAUGCACCUCCCUCACUGUGAGGAAUUUCUCUGCUUGCUAUUGCCUAACAUCCCCAAAGAGACACAGCCCGUACAGCUCAGUGGACUGUGAGCGCUACUCUUCCCUUGUAAAGUCUGUAAUGUCAUCCAGGGUCAGUUCCCAAACCCCUGAGACCCUGCUAACGGAGGAUGAGCACAUCUAUGGACCUGUUGUCAAAGCUCAAACGCCUUCCUCAAGACCAGAAAUGAGUGAACCCAAAACCCUUCAUCCAUUCGUACGCUGCGAAGAGAGUAUAGAAACAGAGGAGCCAGAGACAGGACCUCCAGCCCGGAUUUUGUUAAACCGGGGCCAGGGCAGAUCAUUCGUACCGAGUGUGACGCGCAUUCUUCAGCAGACGCUUUCCCAAGAGCAGAUCUUCUACCUGGAGAGGUGGAAGAGGAAGAUGAUCGCAGAGCUUGGAGAGGAAGGCUUUAAAGAAUACAGUCAGAAUUUAUUUAGGCAAGGGAAGCUUUUCCAUUCAGCUUUGGAGGACAUCCUGACGUCAGGUGCAACAUGGAAGAACAAAGAGUAUCCACCUGAGGUACAGGGAUACAUGGAGAGCAUCUCUCACGUACUGGAGGACGUCAGUGCAGUGAGAGCUACUGAAAGCACUGUGCAACACGACACACUGAACUAUCUGGGAAUUGUGGAUUGUGUUGCUCGCUACAGGGGUGUACUAUGUGUUAUUGACUGGAAGACUUCAGAGAAGCCCAAACCAUUCCUGAGCAACACAUAUGACAAUCCUAUUCAGGUGGCAGCCUACGCCGGGGCUUUGAACAAAGAUGGAAACUACAAAUACCAGGUUGAAAAUGGACUCAUUGUAGUAGCCUACAAGGACGGCUCACCUGCCCAUGCUCAUCAGUUGAGCUCAGAGCUGAUGUUGGAGUACUGGAAAACUUGGUUGGUUCGACUUGAAAAGUUCACAGAACAAAGAUCCAGUCCUGCAUCAAGUGUUUUUGUGGAAAAGAGAUGAGAUGUGUGAAGAGAGGUCUUUAAGGCCAUGUCCAUGAAGCAGGUCAUUUCAGUUUAAGGCAACUGAAGCUAAACUGAAAAUAUAGCAUGCUCCCAUGCAGU